CAGAGGCGGUGACGUCACUGCUCUACAUCGGGACUGGGCUGAGCGGAGGCUGCAGGCAGUGAGAGGGACAGAUAGACAACGCGUCAGGUCGUAGUAGCCUGGAAAAAACACAUUAUAUCUGCUGUCAUGAAGUUCUGUUUGUAACUUCAUUGUUUGUUGCUAUAGUCAGGAGACAGACGGAGAGGAGUCGAGGACGUAUUUUUCUUUUUGAGAAACGGAAGGACCUAACUGUGUCUGAUUUCUAAAAAGGACUAGGAGAUAUCCACACACAGAGACCUGGGUUAGAGAGAGAUAUAAGGUCAGUUUUUUGAAAGGGAAGCUAUGUCGUCCGCGACGGUAGCUGCUUCAAGAAGGCAGUCGUGUUAUUUAUGUGACCUGCCCCGCAUGCCCUGGGCAAUGAUCUGGGAUUUUACCGAGUCCAUCUGCAGGGGAUGUGUCAACUACGAAGGAGCGGACCGGAUCGAGUUUGUGAUUGAGACAGCCCGGCAGCUGAAGCGGGCUCACGGUUUACAGGAGGGUAGAUCUCCAGGGCCCAGUAAACAGCAGCAGCUCUCUGGGAAAGAAAUCCAUGCUAAUCACCACGGGUUGGGAGGAGACCCCGGAUCCAGGCCACCUCAGCCCCUUGACCGCUACCCCCUCUCCACCUCGGACCGUCCUCCGCGGCUGGGGCCAGAGUACCAGUCUGGGAGACAGGCAAACGGAAUUCCUGUACCUAAUGGAUUUCCUAAACCGGACGAUCCACCCGAGCUCAACCGGCAGAGCCCAAACCCGCGCAGGAAUAACACGGUUCCUUCUAAUCUAGUGCCUUUGGUGAACGGGAACAUGUCCUCCUUGCACACCGUUAACGGCCGACCGGUGGGGCCGAUGGGGCACCCGGGGUCUGGUUUGAUGGCCGGUAGCCCCAACGGGCACGGCGGUAAGCGGCCAGCCUCGUUCUCCAGCAUCGAGCAGCACGAGAAGGAUAAGCACAGACCGGACAGCCUGACACCGGAGAUAGAGAACCACAAACAACGGACGGAUGACUGGAUGAACAAGGGGAAAACGGUCAGGGACUUGAUGGCUCUCCAUACCUUCGACAACCGGUUCAAGAAAGAUCCUGCCGCCAUGCAUCAGAGGGUGAUGGGCUAUGAGCAACAACAGAACGCCGCUGCUUCUAAAUCAGACAGGGGAAAACACCCGCGGAAUAUGAAGAGGAAAGCAUCGCCAGAACCGGAGGGAGAGAGAGAGGGAACCGCCUCCAAGCAUAACGGAGAGGACAGGCAGCGGUGGUUACCAGGUCCACCAUCUGACGGUGACGUACAUAAAAUGGCCCCGGGACCGCCACCAAACUUCUCCUCCGUCCCCCCCAAUACCAUAUCCCCCCACUCACGCACCACCCCACCGGAAGCUGGGCAGAACGGACAGUCUCCCAUGGCGGCGCUGAUCCUAGCGGCAGACAACGCCGGUGGUGGCGGGAACAGCUCGCCCAAAGACGGUAACCAGGUCCACUCCACCACGCGCCGCAACAGCAGCAGCCCGCUCUCGCCCUCCUCCGUCAACCAGAACCGGCGGCUCGCGCAGGGGAGGGAAGCUACUGGUGGUGGCGCGGACCAAGGGCACGGACUCCAAAGCAUUCCGGACUCGUCGGUGCCCGGGAGCACACCUCUCUGCUGCACGCUGUGUCGCGAGAGGUUAGAGGACACACACUUCGUUCAGUGUCCUUCGGUGCCCUCGCACAAGUUCUGCUUCCCGUGCUCCCGGGAGAGCAUCAAACAGCAAGGGGCCACCGGGGAGGUGUACUGUCCCAGCGGGGAGAAGUGCCCGUUGGUGGGCUCUAACGUACCGUGGGCUUUCAUGCAAGGAGAAAUCGCUACCAUCCUUGACGUGAAAGUAAAAAAGGAAAGGGAUCCUUGAUUUCCAUUUUCAAUUUUCAACAUUUCCAAUUUUUUGGGGGGGGAAGGGAUUGUUGGGGAAAAAAGUCAAAAUACAACUAUAUAAAUAUAAAAAUACUACAUACCAUCCAAGCAAACUAAAGGACUAUGUAGAUAUUGGACCCAAACUGAGUGGACUACUGUAUACUUCAGUAAAACAUGGCUGUAUAAUUUUUAGAUUUUUUUUGAAUACAUUGUGUUUCUAUAUUUUUGAAGAUAAAGGUAUGUAAUCAUAAUAAAAUUGGACUCUCUUGGUCCCUCUUUGUUGAUGUACUUCUAGGUGUACCUCUCAAAUGGCACCCUAUUCCCUAUGCAGUGCACUACUUUUAAAAGAGGGAAACCCAGAGGGCUCUGGUCAAAAGUAGUGCACUAUGUAGGGCAUAGGGUGCCAUUUGGGACAUGCCCUGUCUGAUAGCAUUUCCUUUUCAAAACGUAGAAUGUGACUGAUGAUGACUAGCCUCUCUCUAUAAGCACUUAGCACCCAACUGAAAUGAUUUUUUUUAGCUGUAAUGUGUAUGCACUUGUUUAAAAAAAUAAUUGCCAAAUACAAUUUGUGAUCUUGUAUGAAGAA